AUGGCGGCGAUCUUGAAGAAAUUUGGUUCCCUCCUAGUGAAAAAGGCAGAAAAACAACGUCCUCUGUGGUUUGGGGUAUCGUUUUCAACCCACGAGAACCCGCUGGGUAUUCCCAAAGCCGGUACAGCAGGACAGGAUGACCACAGACAGAGGCUGAUGGAGCGAGGCUUACCCAAGAAACUCCCCAUUGCUGGGGUCAAGCAGGUCAUCGUGGUGGCUUCUGGGAAGGGUGGGGUGGGGAAGUCAACAACCGCAGUAAAUCUAGCAUUGGCCAUUUCAGCAAAUGACAAGGGUAAGUCUGUAGGGUUGUUAGAUGCUGAUGUGUACGGACCCUCCAUCCCUCGCAUGAUGAACCUAUCAGGGGAGCCGGAACUCAAUAAACAAAAUCUGAUGAAACCACUUGUCAACUUUGGUAUAUCAUGCAUGUCGAUGGGUUUCCUGGUGGAUGAGAAGUCCCCGCUGGUCUGGAGAGGACUGAUGGUCAUGUCUGCUGUACAGAAACUUCUCCGACAGGUGUGCUGGGGCCCUCUGGAUUACCUGGUUGUUGACAUGCCGCCAGGGACAGGAGACACUCAACUGUCCAUGUCACAGAACAUCCCUAUUGAUGGUGCUGUAAUUGUGUCUACUCCCCAGGACAUUGCCCUACUAGAUGCUAGAAAAGGAGCAGAAAUGUUCAGAAAAGUCAAUGUUCCAGUGCUUGGUCUUGUACAGAACAUGAGUGUGUUUCAAUGUCCAAAAUGUGGACACCAGACACACAUAUUUGGACAGGAUGGAGCCAAGAAAGUAGCUGAAGAAAUGGAACUACAAGUUAUAGGUGACAUACCCCUUCACAUCAGUAUCAGAGAAACAUCGGACAGUGGCCAGCCUGUCACAGUGUCCCAGCCAGAAAGUCCUCAGGCACAAGCUUACAGAACACUAGCAAAAGAAGUAGUAGCAAGGCUACCACCUUAUGAGGACCCCCUUCCAGAAAGAAGACAAUGAAGAAGUAGCUGCAUUCAUGUAGAAGUCUGCUCUAUAACAUGUUCAAAUGUAUUGUCCAUACAUAUGACAGAAA